ACCCACGAUUCUCUAGACACUAGACAGACACAAAAACACCAACAGCUGGCUAGUUCCAACGAACAGAUCACCAACCAAUCUAUCAACUCAACUCCCUCACUCACUCACUCACUCGAUCUUGUCUCUAAUUACAAAACCCACAUUUGCAUUUUUAAUAUUUCCUUGCUUUACUUUGUAAUAACAUAAAAGUCUUUCGCAAUAAUCACAUCAAAUCCUGAUAAUCAAAGGCAUUAAAGAUGCUUGGUGGUAGUAAAGGAUUUAAUACUAACAGGGCAUCAUCAAGUAUGGUUUCUGGAUCAAGAAUCUCCACUUUGUUACUCUCAAUGUUUGCUACUUUUGCUUCCAUUUAUGUUUCUGGCAGGUUAUGGCAGGAAUCACAAAACAGGGUUUAUUUGAUUAAAGAGCUUGAUAGGAUAACUGGGCAGGGCCAAUCUGCAAUAUCAGUGGAUGAUACAUUGAAAAUAAUAGCCUGCAGGGAACAACAGAAGAAGUUAUCAGCUCUUGAGACAGAAUUGGCCGCAGCUAAGCAAGGGGGUUUUACUUCAAAGCUCUUAACAGAGAAUGAUGGGGCUCAUGCAAAGAAAAGGCAUCUUGUUGUGAUUGGGAUAAUGACAAGGUUUGGCAAUAAGAACAAUCGGGAUGCAGUCCGAAAGGCGUGGAUGGGAACUGGUGCAAUGUUGAAAAAAAUGGAGAACGAGAAGGGAAUAGUUGCACGCUUUGUCAUUGGUAAAAGUGCAAAUCCCGGGGACAAUUUGGAUCGCGGUAUUGACAAUGAAAACAGGCAGUCUAAUGACUUCAUCAUUCUUGAUGACCUUGUGGAGGGAACAGAGGACCUUCCAAAAAAGGCUAGAUUGUUCUUCGCAUAUGCUGCAGAUAAAUGGGAUGCGGAGUUUUAUGCUAAAGUUAAUGACAAUAUCUAUGUGACUAUUGAUGCUUUAGGAACUGCACUGGCAGCUCAUUUUGACAAGCCUCGUGCUUAUAUUGGUUGUAUGAAAUCAGGCCAAGUUUUCUCUGAACCGAGUCAUAAAUGGUACGAACCAGAUUGGUGGAAGUUUGGUGAUAAGAAAUCGUAUUUUCGCCAUGCUUCAGGUGAGAUGUAUGUCAUAUCACGAGCUUUAGCUAAAUUUGUGUCAAUAAAUAGAUCUAUUCUUCGAACCUAUGCACAUGAUGAUGUCAGUGCUGGAUCCUGGUUUCUUGGGCUUAAUGUCCUACAUGUUGAUGAAGGGAAGUUUUGCUGCUCAUCAUGGUCAUCAGGAGCGAUUUGUUCUGGGGUUUGAUUUGUUUCCGGAAAUGGAAGAAGCAAAUAUGAAUAGAGCGAUUUGUUCUUAAGUUCACUUUCAGGCAUCUAGGCCCUCAGGAUUUUAUGCUUGUCGGGUUUUGAUAGACUUCAGAUAGGGAGGACUUGAGGAUCCACACAAACUGGCUACAGAGAGGCUGCUGCUCUUCUUUUUCUUUGGUUUGAAUCUUGUAUCAUUUAUACGAGUUAGUAAGAAGAGAUAGUGUUCCGUACCCAUACGAACAAUGUAACAUGCAUGCUGAUGAUUCUUUCGUUGAUGAAAUAGGAGGGAGUGUGUUCUUUCUUGAA